AUGUUGAGAUCAUUUGUAACAUCUAUUAGUCCAAUUGGGUACAAUGCUGUAUCAUUGGUUCUGAUGAGAGCAUUGGCAACAAAAGCUGCAACCACAACAACUAAAAAAUCCACAACCAAAGCAUCACCAAAAACCAAAAAGACUACUAAAAAAUCUACCAAACCUCCUAAAGUCGAUACCAAGGCUAUCAGACUUCAGAAGAAGAUCAAUGAGGCUAGGUCUGCUAAGAAGAACUUGCAGCAACAAAUUAAAGAUAUUUCCACUCAACACAAGACUUUGAGUAAACAAAGAAAAUUCGAAGAAAAAGCAAGAAGCAAGAUACAUAAAUUGGCACCAGGUAAUUUUUAUUCCAUGUUCCAAAAGAAGCGUGCUGGUGAUUCAGUUGCUGAAUUCUAUCAAUUCCCCGAGGAAGAGAAGGCAAAAUGGAUAGCUGCUCGUGAUGCGUAUUGGGAAAAGGCCAAAAGCUAUUUUACUCCUAAACCAAAACUUGGUGCCAACGGGUUUGCAAAAUAUGUACAAGAAAAUUACAUUAGAGGUGAUUCUUUAACCGAAACUAUGAAGAAGUUAGCCGAUGAAUGGAAUGCGUUAUCUGAAACUGAAAAGCAGCAAUACCAAAUCAGUAAAGAAGAUAAAGAAAAAUACAAGAAGGCUCUUGAAAAAUGGAAAGAACUUAGAUUGAAGGAAUACAGUGAUUAUUUGAAAUUUAAGGAAAACUACAAAGUGGAGGAUGACUUUUGA